CCGUUUGCACGCCUUGGAUAUGUCACAUUCUUUCAGGUCGCAUGUAUGCAUGAAUCAGAGCUUUGUCCGCCUUUGCAGCACGAUCACUUCAGGGCGACUUCAAACUGCCCCUCAGCAAGCGCCCCACUUGGUCUGACCCAACGUCCAAAGGGUUCAUCACCGCCAAUCUGCCCCUCUUCGUGAUGUCUUUCCAUUCUUCUCAAGUUGGUCGUUAAUUCUCAGCCGUUGUCUUUACGAACGAUUUUCUCUUCAAUUGAUACUUGAAUCACCAAUACAAUCCGUCGACAUGGCUUCUCACGAGGAGGAUCACUUGCCUGAGGAGACUCAGGGCUACAAGCUCUCGCAGCCCAAACAGAGUUUGGCUGAGUACCAGAACAUGGAUUCCAACGAUGAGUCGCUACAACGCUACAAGGAGUCGCUCGGACUGGGUGGCGGAAAAGACUUAUCCGAUCCUAACGACAAGCGUGUCUGCAUUAUUAAGAAGCUGUCCAUGGAGUCGCCUGGACGGGAGCCCGUCACCAUCGAUCUCGCGGCACCUGGCAGUGAGACCACACUGAAGGACAAGCCCUUCAAGAUCAAGGAGGGCUCAAAGUUCACCAUGGUCGCCGAGUUCAAGGUUCAGCACGAGAUCCUCAGUGGCCUUCAGUACGUGCAGAUCGUCAAGCGAAAGGGCAUCAAGGUCAGCAAGGAUUCUGAGAUGCUGGGUAGCUACGCUCCCAACACAGAUAAGCAAACCAUCUACACCAAGCGCUUCCAAGAGGAAGAGGCUCCUUCUGGCAUGCUUGCCCGUGGUCACUACAACGCAAUCUCCACGUUUAUUGAUGAUGACAAGAAGACACACUUGCAAUUCGAGUGGUCCUUCGACAUUGCUAAGGACUGGUAGACGACUUGCUUUUCGACUAUAU